UAUAUCAUGAAAUUAGUGGAUCAUAGACUGCUAAAGUAUAAAUGUCAGUUUGCGUUUGCCGAACGGUUUAUUUAAGUAUUUUUGGUUUUAAUUAACGCAAAGCCACUGAAAAUAUGAAAAAAACGUCCCAGUUUGACGAAGCUGAAUUCAGGAAAUUCGAAAAUAAAAUCGAUGACGUGCUUAAACUUUUGCAGGAUAUGUCAUCGGAAAAGGACGUCACUCAUACUGGACCAGUAAUCGAAACUUCUCCUUUACCUGAUGAAGAUGAUUUCAUUGUUAAAGUACGCGAAGACCGAACUAUUCUUAACGACGUAAUUUCAGAAAAUCCAGUGAAGAAGGAGCCCCACACCGUCGAUAAAUUCACUUUCGUGCAACAGCUCGAACAAGAUGCUGCAAUGAGAGCGGAAAAUCGUCGGAACAGAGAAAUUAUUGCGGACAAUUUCCGAAGACUAGGCAACAAGGCUUUCAAAGAACAGAGAUAUGAAGAAGCAAUCAACUUAUAUACUAAAGCAGUUGACUAUAUUAAGGACAGUCCGAUUCUGUAUAAUAACCGCGCGUUAAGUUAUAUAAAAACCCGAGUAUAUAAACGAGCCCUCAUUGAUUGCGAUUUCGUUAUUAAUCGACUUGAUGAAAAGAACCUUCGAUCUUGGCUGUAUAGAGCGGUCGCAUAUUUCAAUUUAGACGACCAAGUCAAUUUUGAGAAAAGCAUUAAAAUGGCCAAAAAACAUAAUGCAAACGAAAUUGAUUAUAUUGAUAAAUUUAUAGACAGAAUAAAGGACAUUUAAAUUUGAAUGGUAAGACAA